AUGUCCCAAUCAAAUAAACCACAAAAAUUAUGUACUAAUAUGACUCAAGCAUAUAAAAAUUGUCAAAUAAGACACCAAAGAAAGCCUAGGUCUUCUAAAGUUACAGAAGCUCUCUACUUAUUCGAAACUGUUAUGUUAUUCAUUAGCGGACAAAUGCCAGAUGAUCUAAAUACCGUGUCAAUUAAUUCUUAUGUGCCUUCUCUUAGAACCACUAAAGUACAAAAUAAUGAUUCUUUAAUCAUUAAUCUAUAUCAAAAUAUCACAUUAUCCUUUACUAGUCAUUUAAACGAAACCUCUUCUGUUGAAACUUCUCUCAAUAUCUACCCAUACGAAGCUGCUGAAACAUUCCCAAAUAUCCAUUUUAACGAUUCCUCUUCUGUUGAAAUUCCUCACCCUUGCAGAGCUGUUGAAGCAUCACAAAAUACUUUCUUUUUCAUUCACGAAGGACCAGCACAAAAUAAUGAUCCAUUAAUCAUUAAUCCAUGUCUAAAUAUCGCUUCAUUCUUUAUUAGUUAUCCAAAUAAUUUCUCCUCUUUAGAUACUCCAGAUCCUUAUAAUAAUACUAUUACUUCUUCCAAUAUUUACGCUUAUGGAACUAAUGAACAAUCAUUUAUGCUUCCAUCCCCCUUUCGUUUAUGA